UAAAUGUUCAUUAGAUAACGAUGUUUAUUAUUUAUUUUAGAUUAUUAUGCCGUUACUUGAAAAUGACGUCAAAACAACGAUAUUACGCUUAUCGCGAUAACUUCCGGUCGAUGUGGAGAAAGUAUUUAUGAUUCGAGAUGCUGACAGAUGUGAUGUGUUCUGAACCGGUUCUUUUCUAAAUAUCAUUCGGUUCUCCUCCGGAUCUCGUUAUGAACUGAAAUCAUGGAAAACGUCACGGAAAGCAACGCGACCGCGGCGCCGUGGACCGAGGCCACGCUGCUCAGCCUGCAGGUCUCCCUCUACGCGCUGCUAGGCGUCGUUACCUUGGUAACCGCGCUCUCCAACGCCUUCGUCAUAGCCACCAUCUUCCUGACCAGGAAGCUCCACACGCCGGCCAACUUCCUGAUCGGGUCUCUGGCCAUCACGGACCUGCUGGUGUCCAUCCUGGUGAUGCCGAUCAGCAUCGUCUACACCGUCACCAAAACGUGGUCGCUCGGUCAGAUCGUUUGCGACAUCUGGCUCUCCUCUGACAUCACCUUCUGCACCGCCUCCAUCUUGCACCUGUGCGUCAUCGCGCUGGACCGCUACUGGGCCAUCACGGACGCGCUGGAGUACUCCAAGCACCGCACGAUGCGCAGGGCGGCCAUGAUGGUGGCGGUCGUUUGGGUGAUCUCCAUUUCCAUCUCCAUGCCGCCGCUCUUCUGGCGGCAGGCCACAGCGCAGGGCGAGCUGACGGAGUGCGUGGUGAACACGGAGAAGAUCUCCUACACCCUGUACUCCACCUUCGGUGCCUUCUACGUUCCCACUGUGCUUCUCGUCAUCCUCUACGGGAGGAUCUACGUUGCGGCGCGCUCACGCAUCUUCAAGACGCCUGCUUCCGGGAAGCGCUUCACCACGGCGCAGCUCAUCCAGACCUCCGCGGGGUCUUCGCUCUGCUCCCUGAACUCUGCCUCCCACCAGGACGCGCACCUGCACGCCGGGAACACAGGUGGAGGCGGAGGCUCGCCUGUGUUCAUGAACAGCGUGAAGGUGAAGCUGGCGGACAGCGUGCUGGAGAGGAAGCGCCUGUGCGCGGCGCGGGAGCGCAAAGCGACCAAGACGCUGGGCAUCAUCCUGGGCGCCUUCAUCGUCUGCUGGCUGCCGUUCUUCGUCAGCACGCUGGUCAACGCCAUCUGCACCACCUGCUGGUUCAGUCCGGUUCUGUUCGACCUCUUCACCUGGCUGGGAUACCUGAACUCGCUCAUCAACCCCGUCAUCUACACGGCGUUCAAUGACGACUUCAAGCAGGCUUUCCAGAAGCUCAUGAAGUGCAGACGGAGCUUUUAGGGACACAGAAACUAUGUUUCAGUAGAUUACAGCUUCUGUAAUUCAAUUCAUGGAAUAUUAGGGAUUAUAGGAGUAAAUCUGCACCAAACAACUCAGAACCUUUUAGAUUCGUCUCCAAAAUCUAAAAGAAACAUGGAAAUGUCUGAAAAGUUGAAAAAUUGCAAGAAAAAAAUAAAAACUUGUAAAUUUUGAGAUUAACUAAAUUUUCUAUAAGAUUUUUGUUGACUUCAGAAAUCAAAUUUCAUAAUUUCUUCCAGCAGAUGUUUGACUUGAGUCAUUGAUCACUAGGAGACAUGAUGGCAAAAAAAAUCAGUACAUUUCUGCCAAAU